UAUCGAAAAUUAAAAAAAAAAAUAUACGUAUAUAAGAGAAACAAAAGAACGCUUUGCGCUGUAUGCUUCUAUCAAACAAAAUGUAUUAAUUUUUUUUUUGUAUGUUAAAUAAAGUUGCGAACGACGGAAUAUCGUUACGCAACGCGUAGCAAUGUUGUAAAAGAUUCAUGCUCUGGUUGGAUAUAUGUUCUAAACGAUCUUUCUCGCUUGUUUGUAUUGUUAGAUUGUACGAAGCGUAAUCUAUAAUGUCGUGUAUGCAAAACCAUCAAUUAGGUUUCUAUGCGAUGUUUAACGCGCGUCGAGAGAUAUAUGGAUUCAAAAGCAAAAAAUGAAAAAAGAAAAAAAAAAACGGAAAGAUUCUUCGUAUUCACGGAUCACGAAUCAUGAUAAAUAAUGUAAUAAGUGUACCUUAUGCGAUUGUAUCGUCACAUCCGACAAAAGCAGUGGUUUUGCCGGCGUUCAUAGGGUUAAACUAGAUGCAAGCUUAAUUAUAGGCAGUCUGGACUCUGCAAUAAUGAAAAAAAAAAAGGAGAAAGAACUGCACGGAACGAAAAAAAAACAAUUAUACAUAUAUCUCAGUGUAAGAGGAAACUAUUUUGCACCGAUGUACGGCCAGGAAUAUAAAAUCCUAGUAUUUUACUAACGUAACCCUUUUGUACAUAGAACUUCAUUCUCUAAACCUUUAUAUAAAAAUUGUUUCCAAAUAAAUCAUAAUCUUAAAACUAUUGUGUGUACCUUUUUACGUCGCAUCAUUGUUUUGUCAAACGUCGUAUACUACAUCAUAUUUCUCAAUGCGAAGUGUUAAGCGAUUAAACGUUCUUUUGUCAAUUGUAACGAAUGGUUGUCAAACAUUAAUCAUAUGGGCAUUAGUUAAUGGUACCAUUUUAUAAAUAAAAUGACUUCUGUAUGUUCGAGUUUCGUCAGAAACACUGAGAAAAAUGCUCAAUCCAGCCAAAGAAGAGCGAAGAAAAUAUAUAAUUGGAAUAUAUCGUACAAUCUGAUUAAUACUGGCCAACAAAAUAUAAUCUUCCAGCAAAAAUCUUCUAUCGUAUUCUACGUUAGUACCUUCGUAUAUUAAAUAAUAAAAGCGUUGUAAGAUCGAAAUAAUAUUUACAGUAAUGUUCAUAGACUUACAGAGACAAGUUACAGAAUUCGUGUCCUAACGAUAUAAAAUUGUUAAAACAUUAUGUACAUAGCGUUAAAAAGGAUGGUGAUUUGAGCGGUAAACAAGAUGAAUCAAGUAUUGAUAACGUUGGCAAUGAAGAACAUGAAGACAAGUUAGGUAAAAAAAAAUAUGAAGAAACGUGUCUUUUUUAAGUAUAAUAACUACACUAUUGUAAGCUGCGUUUGCCAAAAUUAAAUGAUAGAACAGUUACAAUUUACUGUAAUUAAAGUAUCAGUAGUAUUAGAACAUAUCUAAUUAAAUUCAUGGUUUGUUUUAGAUGUAAGUCGUAGAGAGUCGGCGAUAGAAGAGUCGAAAAUAAAAACUUGGGACGAGUACAGAAGAUUGGUACAAUUAGCACGAUCAAUCCCAAAAACGAUGACUGAUCGAACACCAGAGUUAACACAUGUAACGUCUCUGCAGAAGCAUCGUAUCGAUAGGUACAGUAGAAGAGAGAAGUUUAAGACGACUACGUUCUUGAUAGAGUAUUAUACUAUUUUAUAGAUACUACAUAGCAAACAAUUGAUCUUAUGUUUAAUGCGUGUCGUAAAAAUUAGGCAAGUAUCGAAGUCGAAACCUCGUUUAAGCGCUCUGGCGAAAAGAAGCAUAAUAAAAAUGGAAAUGCAAAGGAUAAUAUUGGUCGCGGACACGAAUUAUGUGCAAUUUCGUAACUUCAAAUUGAACCGAUUGUACAAGAAAACAGUCACGUUACAAAAUGUUACCACGUCACCGGCGAGAUUUCAAAUUGCAGCUAGGCCUUAUCGCUCUGUGUUUCAAGUAUUCAUAAAAUCUGUGAAGACAAACAGGAGCAUCGUUCCCCCGGGUAUGCAGAUACAUUUAAUCAUUCUGUUUCGUUGUAACGUCGUCGACGAACCGGAGGAAAUGCUGGUGUUGAAUGUACAAUAUGGCAAACCGUUGGCCAUCAGAUUGCAUGGAUGCAAGGACCCCCCUAUCCUGAUGGGAAUCGAUGGAACGCAAGAGGCAUGUCCGAAUUCUUUGGAACACGUCAAAAAGUACUCCAGUCACGCCUUGCAUACGGAAUUACUACCGUCGUUGAACAACACAAACGACACGACGUCGAGUAGCUCCGAGAGCGAGAUGAGCUGGAAUAAAUUUCAUACAAUAUUUAGAAGCAUGAUCCUCGACUGCAAAAAAGGCUUCGUCGGAGAAGAAAUUCACGUACCAAUGAAAUUCAGGAACAUCGGUGGAGAGGGGACGUUUUUCAUAAUGAGUGAAAUCGACUGGGUUUCGAUGCACAUUGAAGAUAUCACCGAUAAGAACGUGCUGAUACUACCUUCGUUCAUCCUCUGGCCAGCGUACUUUUCAGCGAAGUCGCAGCAAAUAAUAACGCUGCACACUUACUUCCUGCCCCACUGUUACGGGAUCCAUGUAAAUGAAACGUGUUUCAAGACAAACCUACAUUAUAGAUUCCAAGCCCUGUUCAAAACAUAUUUUCUUUCCGUUUAUCGUGUUCGUUCUUAUCAGGUCGACAAACUGUACAUACUCAGCGACAACUGCAACAUGCUGGCGACAGAAAUAAUCGGUGACGGCAUAAUAUACGAAACUGACUUCAUCCAGCUUAGUAAAGUAUCUACGUCACUGUUUGCAAAUAGUAUCAUUAGCGUAUCGUUGGAGUACGUGGUACAAUUGCGUUGCAACCGCAACGUACUCGUUUCAGUUCUAUGCAAUUAAAAAAAAAAACAUCCAACAUAAUACAAACAAAAGAUAAAAUUUCCAGCAAUUAGAAAAAG